AUGGACCAAAAGAUCCCAUAUGAUGACUACCAACUCCCUGUGGUCUUUUUACCUUCUUAUGAGAGUCCCCCAGCAUGGAUAGCCCCUCAGGAGCGGAUCCACCAUCCUGACUACAACAAUGAGCUGACCCAGUUCCUGCCACGCACCAUUGUGUUGAAGAAACCUCCAGGGGCACAGCUAGGCUUCAACAUCCGUGGGGGAAAGGCCUCCCAGCUGGGCAUCUUCAUCUCCAAGGUGGUCCCAGGUUCGGACGCCCACAGGGCAGGGCUCCAGGAGGGAGAUCAGGUGCAGUCUGUCAAUGAGGCAGACUUCCAGGACAUAGAGCACUCCAGGGCUGUAGAGAUUCUGAAGACUGCCAGGGAGAUUCUGACGAGGUUGCACUUCUUUCCCUACAACUACCAGAGACAGAAGGAGAGGACUGUGCACUAG